GGUCCGGGAUGAUUUUUUUCCUGGACUAAACUCUAUCCAAAAAAAAAAAAAAAAAAAAAAAAAGGUUUAAGGUUUUUUUGAAUAUUAAAACCCCUGUCUUUUAUAAACAUCUAGAUGUGUAUAAGAGACAGCUCUCUCUCUCUCUCUCUCUCUCUCUCUCUCUCUCUCUCUCUCUCUCUCUCGCUCGCUCUCUCUCUUUUCUCCCUCCCGGAGUUUCCCCCUUCUGUUUUGGUUGUCUAUUUCGUGGCUGUUCUUGAUAUUCUUCUCCUCCUCCCUCCUCUCUAUCUACACUCCCUCACUCCCCCACUUUUCCUGUCCCUCGCAGUCCUCCUCUUCAGGGUAGUCAGAGUGCAUCUCAUCGCAUUAUCCCCCGAUGGAUUCGGACCAUCGGAUUAGUGCUCGUACAUUUACAGUCCUAACUAUUUUCUCUCUUGCAUGCUUCAUUAUCAGCUUCCACUCUAAUGCCGCAUUCUGGACUAUCUGGACUGGGUCCGAUGUAAGUGACGGCUCUUGCAAGGAUGCCAGCGAUCGACGCGGCGAUCCCGAGGCCGCUAUCAACGGCAGUCAUGCCACCGUCUUCUCUCUAGCGAGUUUGGGACAAAGGACGAGUAGGCAUAGAGACAUCUGCUGGCAGGGACCUCCGCAGUUUCAAGGCGGUCACAAUUUGGUGGUUGCAGCCUCUUCUUCCUCCUCCUCCUCUUCUUCCUCCUCCUCCUCAUCUAACUCCUCCUCGUCCUCCGGUUCUUCGUUCAAACUGCCUCCUGGAAGUGUCACGUGGCGCGCAGUGGAAGUUGUUGGGAUGGGAUGUUCCUUGUGCUUUACAGGAUCCACGUGUAGCUUCAGAUUAAGACUCGGUUCCCGUUUGUCCUUGUGGGCCGAUCAAGAUGUGCCCCGCCGGCGAGAGGUGAUGGUGGUGAUCGAUGGUCCAGCUUUGCUAGAAGGUGCUGUUACCCCCAUCAGCACAUCGAACAACCAGUUGGAAUGGAUGGUCUCUUAUCUACCCUUCGAUCUUGGGGAGUACGUCGUCACGAUCUAUGCAGAAUGCUCCCUCCCUGUUCUCGGCAAUUCCCUGUCCAUACCUUUGGCCCGUUCCCCUUCAGAAGCCACCACCUACCUCUCCCAAUUCAACCUCACUGUGUACUCGACUCGAAUGAAACCGACACAGCAGGAGCACCAGCAGCACCAGCAGCAGCUUAGUCCCUGCGACGCAGGGUUGUACGGGCGAUGGGUCUCCUCGACGGCGGCCUCGGUGGGCAAUACUCUGUAUGGUUCUUCUUCUUCAAGUCCCGGCGAUUCCCUGUACACGUGGCAGUUCUUCGACUGCGCAGUUGCCCAAGACCGCGACAGUUUCCUGCUAGCUCUGUUGAGGCGGGACAUCUCGGAGAUCAACUUCAUCGGCGACUCCCAUAACCGCAUGCUCUAUCAUCACCUCUGUUACCUGCUCAACGGGUGGGUGAACGUGUCCGAAGCCAAGUGGCACGGCGACUUAGUCAAGGAAGUUUCACUGACUGGCCGACUUAACUUCAUCCUUCGAUUCUUUUGGGUUGAUGGCAUCUUCCAAGAUGACCAGUUUGGAUGUGCGCACAGAGGAGCGUUUACUGGUCGCAAAGGAUUUCCGGACAUCCCGCCGCCCACCUCGGGGGGGGCACUCUAUGUGCUCGAUGCCGCCCACUGGACAUUUCAGGAAUGCUCGUAUGCGGAGGCAGCGUACGCGCAUUACCUGCCAGAGUUCCUUGCGUGGGGGAAGAGCUUGCUGAAGAAGAAGGGGUCAUUUUCAUCGGCGGGGGCUGGUAGGAGGGGUAGUCGUAGCAGUCGAGUGGUGUGGAGGAGUGCAACUGCAUUUAACGUGAAGAGUUAUGGCUGCAAAUGGGGGGCGGAGAAGAGAGGAUCACCUCCCAAGGGGAGGAGCAACGCAGGGCUCCGAUUCGCCAACGAGUUUGCCAAGAUCGCGGUUCGUAAUGCCGGCUUCCAGUAUUAUGACAGCUGGCAGGUGGAGGCUCCGUUUUACUUCGAUGACUCAGCCUCAGAUUGCCAUUUCUCGGGUAUUACGAAUAAUGGGCGUGUGCGAGGUGUUGUUGGAGAGGCAGUCACACGACAUUUUAUGACUUGGGUGGCGACGGUCAUGCAGUGAGUGACCACGAGAGAGUGGGGAAGAGAGGGAGAGAGGGAAGGGGAAACACACACACACACACACACAGCCACACGCACACACACAGCCACACGCACACACGCACACACGCACACACGCACACACACACACACACAGAGCCACACGCACGCACGCACACACACACACACACACACACACACACAAGCGCGCGUGUCAGCAUCAGACAUACGCACAGACACACACACAGAGUCAUGCUUCUUUUGUGGAGUUAUAGCGAAAAUGACAACACAUACACACAGACACACACACACACAGCCACACGCACAACACACAACAGAAAACACGCGCACACACAUCAUCACACACACAUACACCCAGAGUCAUGGUGCUUUCUUGGAGUGCCGUAUAGCUAAUA